CGCAAACCCACCAUGGCCCAUCCCCACUCCUACUACCCGGUGGACGCCGCCAUCCCCAACUACGUCCCGAACGAAUGGACCACCCUAUCGCUGGUCUCGACCUUCGCCGUCGCCUGCGUGGUCGUGCUCUCCGUCGCCAAAACCCUCGCGACGAACGCAAACCCUCGCAUUAGCAUCUCGGAACUCUCCACCGUUCUCUGGUUCACACUAUGCUGCCCCAUCCACCUCAUCCUCGAAGGCUACUACGCCCUCAACUGGGCCACCCUCGCCGGGUCCCAACACCUCCUCGCCCAGCUCUGGAAGGAAUACUCCCUCUCCGACUCGCGCUACCUCACCUCCCACGCCUUCAACAUGGUCAUGGAAAACGUCACCGCCUGGCUCUGGGGCCCGCUCUCUUUCCUGCUCGCUAUCUUCAUCGUCACUGAGAACCCCUUCCGUCAUCCGCUGCAGAUCAUCAUCUCCACGGGUCAGCUGUACGGCAAUAUUUUGUACUACGGGACGUGUGCGUUUGACUUUCUCGUGCAUGGGGUCGAGUAUUCAAGGCCCGAGGAGUAUUACUUUUAUGGGUACUUUGUGUUUUUGAAUGCGUUUUGGAUUGUUAUUCCGAUUGUGCUUAUUUUCAACAGCAUCAGAGCUUGCGCGGGGAGCUUCGCGGAGCUCAAGAGGUUGAAGGCCCGGGCUAAUGGCGCCGCGAAGAAGUCGUCUUAGACGUUGUUUUCUUGUACUCUGGUUCGAAACGACCACUGGCUGAAACAUAGUCUUGGUUGGAUUCGGUUUGAAUGAUUCUUCGAAAGAUGUACAGCACCGGAAGAGGCUUGUCUUAUACUAUAAACCUUUGUAAUUAGAAUGGCGUGUCGGGUUUGAAUUGUACAUGCGAGGGAAAUCCCUUGCGCAUUGGGAAU